AUAAUCUAUUUUGGUUGUUAGAAGAUAUUUCUAUAAGAUAUUUAUGAGUGAUCCGAGCUUUCUGGAUUCUUAGGUUGACUAUAUAUACCUGUACAUUGUGUAAAUUUUUCAUAUAGUGAAAUAACAAACUUCUCUUCCUCACAAAUCUCUCUUUCUUUUCACUCUUUCCUUUUGCUCUCUGUGUGUUUGUUCUGCAAUCUUCAAUAAGUCUUCUUGUAAUUCUCUUGUAAAAGCUUAGCUUUUCUUCAUCUCCUACAUAUCAUCCAAUAGAAGUAUCUCUUUCAUUUUAUUUUCAUCCACAAAUCUGAGAAUUUCCCCAAUCUCAUUUCAGUGCAAAUCUAAGAAGUUUGUACCAUUUUAUUCUAGUUUUCCUUCUUAUUCUUAAAUUCUAAGAGUGCUAAACAAAAUUCAGUACAACAUUAUGGGUUUAUCAAUUUCUCUGUUCAUGCUCAUGCACUUGCUUGCUCUACUUUCGUUGUAUAAUCUUAUGUUUGCUAGCUCUUCUUUCGUGCAACCAUUAUGCCAUGAUGAUGAGAGCUUCGCCUUGCUGCAAUUCAAGGAAAGCUUUAUCAUCAAUCAGUCUGCAUCUUAUGAAGCUUCUGCUUACCCGAAGGUUUCUUCGUGGAAGCUUGAGAGUGAUGAUUGCUGCUCAUGGGAUGGUGUUGGUUGCGAUAAGGACACCGGUCAUGUGAUCAGCCUUGAUCUCAGCAGUAGUUGGCUCUAUGGUUCUAUCAACUCCAGUAGUAGCCUUUUCCGUCUUGUUAAUCUCCAGAGGCUGAAUCUCUCCUUCAAUGACUUUAAUCAAUCUGGAAUCCCGGAUGGUAUUAGGCAGCUUUCGAAUCUAACUUAUUUGGACCUCUGCAAUUCUGGAUUUGCAGGCCAAAUCCCAGCCGAAAUUUUACAGCUUUCUAAGUUGGUUUAUCUUGAUCUCGGACUCAAUUCAUUGAAGCUCCAAAACCCUGGCUUACAAAGCCUGGUUGAGAAGUUUCCAAACAUGGAGGAAUUAUAUCUUACUCAGGUAGAUAUAUCUUCGACAGUGCCCAAUAACAUGGCAAACCUUACUUCUUUAACUUCUCUUUAUCUUAGAGAGUGUGGUUUGCAUGGUGAGUUCCCGGCAGGAAUUUUUCAACUUCCAAAUCUAGAGGUCCUCAGUGUGCGGUACAAUGCAGAUCUCACUGGAUAUGUUCCGGAAUUUAACAGAAGCAGCCCCCUUAAAGUCUUGAUGGUUGCGGGUACGAGUUUUUAUGGUGAGCUACCAGAUUCAAUUGGUGACCUCAAGUUGUUAAAUUCUAUUGAUGUUAGUGAUUGCAAUUUCUCUGGACCAGUACCAUCCUCACUUGGUAAUCUUACCGAGCUCAUCUACUUGGACCUUUCAGCUUACAAUUUCAAGUCUGGUACUUUGGAUUGGAUCGGUAAGCAAACUAAACUCAAUGUGUUGGGCCUAGCGAACCUCAAUUUGAAUAGUAGCAUCCCAUUUUUUCUUCGAAACCUUACCCAACUUAGAUAUUUAAACCUUGAUUAUUGUAAUUUAAUGGGCCAUAUUCCAUCUUGGCUAGCAAACCUUACCCAACUAGCUGAUUUGCGACUUGGAAGCAAUGGUUUGCAUGGUUCAAUACCAUCAUGGAUAUCUAAGCUUAUGAAUCUUGAAAGACUCUAUCUGUAUUCUAAUCACUUUGGUGGUAGAGUUGAAUUUGACAUUUUUAUGAAACUCCAAAACCUCUUUGAUCUCCAACUAUCUUCCAACCAAAUUUCAUUGCCGACAAAGCCUAGUAACAACAUGACUUUUCCAAAAUUUCAGUUCCUAGGACUGGAUUCUUGUGACUUAGAUGAGUUCCCAGAUUUUCUAAAAUGCCAAGAUGAAUUGGUGUAUUUGAAACUUUCUGAUAACAAAAUUAGCGGCCUAAUACCAAAAUGGAUGUGGAACUCAAGUAUAAAAACUCUCUGGAAUCUAAAUCUGUCUAACAAUUUUCUAACAGGUUUCCACCAACUUCCUGUUAUUCUACCAUGGACCAAUCUACAAUAUUUGGAUCUUAGUAAUAACAAGCUGCAGGGAUCACUUCCUAUCCCAUCACCUUCCAUCCUUACUUACCUAGUCUCAAAUAACACACUAACUGGAGAAAUCCCACAAAUGAUUUGCAAUCUAAGUUCUCUUGUUGCCCUUGACUUGUCAUCUAACAACUUGAGUGGCAUGCUUCCAAACUGUUUGGGAAAUCUCAGUUUUUCCUUAUCAAUUCUCAAUCUAAGAAGGAACAACUUUCACGGCAACAUUCCUCAAAUAUGCAAGAAGGGGAGCAAAUUGAAAAUGAUUGAUUUUAGUCGAAAUCAAUUGCAGGGGUGGAUACCAAGAUCGUUGGUGAAUUGUACUAUGUUGGAAACUCUUGUUAUCGGAAACAAUCAAUUGAAUGAUUCUUUCCCCGCUUGGUUGGGGGUUCUUCCUGAAUUGGAGGUUCUUAUAUUACGAUAUAAUCAACUCCAAGGUGUAAUAGGGAAACCUGAAAGUAAUUUUGUAUUUCCAAACUUGCAUAUCGUUGACUUUUCUUACAACAAUAUCACUGGUAAGUUACCAUUUGAGUACUUUCGAAUUUGGAAAGCCAUGCAAAUCAUUGUUAAGCACGGUCAAAUGUAUAUGCAAGAGAACAUGAAUUUCAUUGUUCCUAAAUAUUCAGGGAAAUAUCAUUACAGUUACUCAAUGACAUUCACAAACAGAGGCAUAGAGAUUGCAUACGAGAGAAUCCCAUAUAUUUUCAUAGCCAUGGAUCUUUCAAGUAAUAAAUUUGAAGGAGAAAUUCCAGUACUCAUGGGGGAUUUGAAAGGAAUCCAGUUGCUCAACCUUUCCAACAACUUACUCACUGGUUCUAUCCCUUCAUCCUUGGAGAAGUUGACAGCGCUAGAAUCAUUGGACCUUUCUCAAAACAAGUUGUCUGGAGAGAUCCCUCCACAACUAACACAGCUCACAUUCCUUGCAUUUUUCAAUGUCUCUAACAAUCAUCUAAUAGGGCCUAUACCACAUGGGUUCCAAUUUGAUACCUUUCAGGACAAGUCUUUCGAUGGUAAUCCUGGAUUGUGUGGAAGUCCUUUGCCAAAGAAAUGUGGAAAUUUCGAGGACUCAUUGCACACUCCUUUAAAUCAAGACUCCAAGUUGCUAUCUGAAUUCGGCUGGAAAGUAGUCGUGAUCGGAUAUGGUUGUGGAUUCAUAAUUGGAGUUAUUAUUGGGCAAAUUGUGAUCGCAAGGAAGUAUAAAUGGUUCAUUUAUCUUCACUAUGCAGUUCAACACCAUAUAGGAAGAUAAUUGACUGGGAUGGGAUCUUGAUGUUAAAUUCAAACAAGCUAGAUGUUACCCAAACAAAUAAAUCUUGGUAUGUGUUGUUAGCAUUAUUAUAUUUGCUUUUUCCUUUCCUUUCUCUUAGAGAUUUAGGUGGGCAGCAUCAUUGUACUGGAUGGAACCAUUGUGUGCACCAAAAAAUAAAUCUUGGUAUGUGUUGUUAGCAUUACUAUAUUUGCUUUUUCCUUUCCUUUGUUUUAGAGAUUUAGCUAGGCAACAUCAUUUUACUAGAUGGAAUCGUUGUCUGCACCAAAAUCUAUGUAAUAUAUCAGCGUUGUGCUUUUUCCUUC